CCCCGUGUGCCUGGAUUUGGGUUGGACUGCGGGUUGGAUUGCUUCAUCUCAAUCCUGAUUCCUGCACAGGACGUCAGCUUGGUAGAGAAUUGCAGCUUCAAGGGUUUCAACUCGUUGCUUGUCAUCUCUUGACAUCACUGCUGCCCUUUUUCUGUCCCCAGAGCCAUGGCUGAUCCUUUUGCCUUUUGUUGACACGCUUUCUAUCCUAUUACAUAUCAAGACCAACCGCAGUCACCAACUGCGGCUCACCACGCUCGUCCUACUUGAAGAAGAUGCGCCUCACGUCACACCUGUGACGCGCUCUAUUGAUUCAAACGUCAGAAUUGAUCAAACGCCAUGGCUGCUCGGCCCAGCACCGCUCUGAGUGAGAUUUCUUCUGCCAUUUCCGAAGAUGGGAAUGCCUCAAGACCUGCAUCUGGCGUCGCCAAUCUACCCUCCUUACCAAAUCCUUCUGUGUCGCAGCAUGGCUACUCCCACUUGAGGGGCAUCGUCAACCGUUCACAGCGCAACAAUCCAGCCCCCGAUAGCAAUGCCGAAUCCAGUCGCCCUCAAAGUCCUACCAGUCAGGCCAGCCGAACACAUGUCCCGUCCUUAACUGCACAGGGGUUCUUCAAGCCCAUGAGUUCUCAAAAACUACAAGCUCAGCGAUUAAAAAGAUCUUUGGGUGGGAAGCCGGUACAGCCACCGGCCGCAAUCGCGGACGAGGAUGAUGAUGAGGCCGAUGCACGUAGUCUGGCCUCUAGCCGACAAGGUCCCUUUCACGCCAUGCCCCGGUCACAUCGUCAUAUUCCCUCAAUCGCCACCGACUACACCCAGUCGGAAGCACCUGAGACAGUCGACAACCAAUUCGCCGAUUUUGCGUCCCAUACAGAUGGAGAAACUCAGCUGGUCAACGCUAGACCAUCGCCGCGCGAUAGCCACGCGCAACAUCUUCCAUCACGCCUGAAUAUCUCGGCUGCCUUAAAGACCACCGACCAACCACAGAAGUCGCCCAUAUCGUUCCGAUCGGGCUUGAGCCUCGCAAGCAAACAUCGUCUGGAGUCUGGGCAUCAGCCAUUACCCUCGAGCGCCCCGUCGUCUCGCCUACCUACCGUGUCUGAUGCACGAGUCGCAUCGAAGAGUGCCUUGGGAAAGAAUUACGAGUACUUUGAGGGAAACACUGUGUUCUGGUGGGGUGGUCGACUCCAAAAUGCCCGGGAUCGACCAAUCAAUAUUGCUACGGCGGUCGUUCUGAUUGUGCCCGCCGUCUUCUUCUUCAUUUAUUCUGCUUCAUACCUUUGGCACAAUGUAUCACCAGCGGUUCCGGUUGUAUUCGCAUACCUUUAUUUCAUUUGUUUGUCAUCCUUUGUACAUGCGUCCCUUGUGGACCCUGGGAUUUUUCCGCGCAAUAUCCAUCCCUUUCCUCCCGAUGAAAACGACGACCCUCUGGCGAUCGGACCACCCACGAAUGACUGGGUGAUGGUGCGAUUAGCAACCUCGCAGACGGCGGCAAUGGACGUGCCGGUCAAAUAUUGCAAGACAUGCAACAUCUGGCGGCCUCCACGAUGUUAUCAUUGUCGAGUGUGCGAUAACUGCGUCGAGACAUUAGACCACCAUUGUGUUUGGGUCAACAAUUGUGUUGGUCGAAGAAAUUACCGGUAUUUUUUCACUUUUGUCAGCACAGGAACGUUUGUCGGGCUAUAUUUGGCCUUUGCUUCAUUGGGCCACGUGAUUGCCUACGGGCAGCAACAAGGACUUUCGUUUGGAGAUUCAAUCACUGUCAACAAGGCACCCUUUGCCAUGUUCAUCUACGGAAUUCUAGCAUUCGUCUACCCUUGUUCGUUGUGGAUCUAUCAUUUGUGGCUCGUGGGCCACGGUGAUACGACGAGGGAAUACCUGGCAUCUCGACGAUUCCCAAAGUCAGAACGGCAUCGACCGUUUACGCAGGGGAAUUUUAUUCGGAAUUGGAUUACGGUGCUGGCUCGACCGAAGCCACCAACGUACCUUCACUUUAAGAAGAAGUACGAGUCGGGAGACCGACGGUUUGCGGCAAGCAAGAGCCAGCGGCGAGGCCAAGGUGGGGCUGAGCAGCAGGAGGCCAUGGAGAUGAAGCCGGUGCAGGGAGCGGGAAAGUCAUUCGAGGGACCAACGGGCAGGAAGCUUCGCAAGCUGGAAAGCAAAUGAUGGUGGGAAUUUGCAGCAGGAUUUAUGGUGGAGGCCCUUCGGCCAAGGGAAAUGUACUAUCCACACGGUGAGAUGUGUGUGUCCACGCAUACAUCGAGGCGUUGCAGGUGUAUAACAGUGAGUGGGAGGAAUCCAACGCUGUAGAGUAUAAUAAUUAUGUGUCCAA